AUGUCUGGCGGUGACGAACAGGGUUUUGGUGUCCGGGAUCGUGAGCCGCUUCCUUUUGGGCGACAAUCCUUUGGCCACUCUUUGGACUCGCCGACCGUACCUUUCAACCCAGAAUCUUCGACCACGUAUUCUCCGACUUUCAGUGACCCGCAUUCCUCCAAUCAUUUGACCGAAUCGCAUAGAGGGCAGUCUCCAGACCCUGCCGACUAUUACCGCCGUGGAGCCCUAUCAAAAUCCAACGUUAGUGAAGAGGUCGGCGAUGUGACAACAGGCAUAGCUGCGGCCGACUAUCCACAUAUGGGUGACGAAGUGUCACCGCUGCCAACAAAUGUUAUGGAGUCAUCUCGUACCCAGCGACAAACAUACCGUUCAGCGUCAGACUCCUCAAGCUUGGGCCCAUCCGACAUAGCUUCACGACCAGGUCCACGAUCCCGCCAGACUUCAUUCAAAGACUUGAUCAACAAGUUCAACAAUACCUCUGACCAGGUGCUUCCCCGACCUUCUGCAUCUCGUUCGACCUCUAGAGCAGCGAGUCCCUCUGGCAGUGUUGAAGACACUGACCGACCUCGUCUCUUGCCUCGCCAUCGUCACUUUCGUGAUUCUCCACCAGCAUCAAUCACAAGCCAUCCUCGCGCAUUAGAUUCCAUACCUUCAUUGCCAGAAGUCAAGGCGUUUGGUCCGGCACCUCCCCGCACGAACGCCAUCCCGCCGCCUUUGUUCCAACGGAUACAAGAGGCGCAUCCUCGAAGACCUCUGUUCGGUGAGGUGUUGUCGAUCAACACACAGGUCAACGGAAUCGGCCUUGGAAUCCCAUCUCACUUGCGACGUCGCGGGUCUGAUGGAAGUAUCCCAAGUCCGAAUCCGGCCUUCAUCGAUCAAGCCGAAUACUCUGCAAAAACACCAUUGACCCCUACCGCAUGGUAUCUUGGACACACCACUUCUCUAGAAGCAGUUCAAGGUGGAUUAAGUGGUGGAAAACAUCGCAGAGUACGAAGUGAUCUGGACCGAAAUCCUUCCCGAGAACCCCUUGCCGAAGCUUGGGGACCUGAAAUGGCAGUUCGCGCGCCCUUGCAGCGUGCGAAGACCGGUGAGAGCCCGCCGGACAGUCCAAAUUCCAAGUCUCGCAUUCCUAUCUCCUCGCACCGUCUUGUCACUGCUUCCGGCCCGGACGCACCAUCACCGACCUCGAAUCCGACAUUCAGCAGCCGAUCUGCUGCCAUAAUCGUUCCACCCAAGGGCAUCAGCCGCCUUCCUGUUGCGUCACCAAAACAGAGCCCAUCCCGCAUGCCACGGGAUGAUUCCGGCUCGUUUGCGAUAAACCCGCGUGGCAGACGAGACCCGGCAGUUGGCCGAAGCCGCAAUCAAUUAUCCGAAUCCAGUCGACGACUUCAGGCUUACAUCGCUGCUCCACCGCCCAAAAAGUCACCACCUUUGCGCAGCUCGCGGCCCCGACAACCUGUUUCAGUUUCACAUGGUGCCUCGGUCUCGCCACGCUCCAAAGUUGGUGAUACACUUUCGUCAUUACAAAAAAAGCAAGUCGAGCAUAACGACCCGCGCUCUCGGGCUCGGCAACGCAGAAUACCUGAAUUCGGUAAUGUCGACCUCGAAACUCGCCGCCAGCGCAUCCAACAAGCUUUCAAUAAGACUGUCCAAGAAAAUGAGCGAAAGGAAGAAGCUGCAGCAGAGCUUCGACGCCGCACUUUGGUACUUGACCAACAAGCAAAUGAAGCCAAGACAGCAACAGAUGAAGCUUUAACCACGCCCAUUCCACCAGUGGCCAAUACUCCAACACCUGAAGACAUGACCACCAUAGUCAAGGAAUCGACCACUCCGGUCGCCUACAAGGAUCAUGGCUUACAAGGAAUUCCAAAGCUACAUCUGAACACUUCGCUCCCAGCAUCAGACAUGGCGGCACCACACACGACAAUGGACUCUCCGACUCUUGGUAUGCCGCAGGGAGUAAGCCAAAAAGCCUCUAUGGACGAGUCACAACCUUCCGAAGAUACAGCUCCAUGCUCGGCUGUAACAACAGAUUCCAACGACACCCAUGUUACCGCUUUCGACCCAGAACCGCAGUCUGGGCUUCUCCAGAGGAACCCCAGCUUAUCACACCGGACUAUUUUGAAUCAGAUCAUGCAAAUCCGCGAAUCUAGCCCGAGCGACGACGAUUCAUGCGAUGAACCGGAUUGCAGUAUGUCGGAAAAUGAUGACAAAGAAUCUAUUCAAAUCAUGCUCGGAGAUACGAAAAGCUACUUCAAUUCGUCAAGUAGUACCGACACCCAGGAGCCUCAGCAUUCAUCAAUGCAAGAGGCAUCGACCAUAAACCAACCUCAGAACAGAUGGAGUAUGAGUUCAUGGUCGUCCUCUGUACAAAAUCAGCAUUCCACCUGCGACGAGCAAUAUGAUGAAAGCUGCGAUGACAGCAUUAUUGCAGGCCGCGACACAGAGCCCCCAACUGAGACUUGUUCAGUUGUCUCAACCAGACCAGCCUCUGUCGCCGAUGAUGAAUAUUCGUCACCUCUUCAGGAUUAUGGUGUAACAGGACCGAGCACUCUUCAGGCAUCAGAGUCGCAUACUUCCGGCAAUGCAUUCUCUACACCUCCCACCUUGGCUCGGCUCGGCAGAUGGGAUUCGAAGCGCGUUACUCAGCUCUACCUUGAAGAGUUGACUCGCGGUAGAAAUUACAAUGUGCCCAUUCCUGCGGUUCACCUCUCACCCGAGCCUCGAUCUUACCCUACGGGUAAGUGUGUCGAUGGGCGAGCCAAUAGUCUCACCGAUGAUCCGGUCGUCAUUCCAGGAUUUCAGGACGUCCCUGUUCCGGAUAGACCAUCUCACGGUGCUAGUCUGGUUGGACGUGAUGACUGGGAGCAUGCCUCUCCUUCCAUUAUGGACUGGAUGCAAAUUGCUGUUGAGGAUGAACACGCUGCUGCGGCGAAUCGACCUGACAGUGUUAAUACCGAGGACGUCCUUACACCUAAAUUAGUACCUUCAACACUAGAUCAUGUUGAUUCGGGCAGCUCGAGCGUUGUUCCCAGUGAACAGACAACUCAAAUUCAUCUCGCGGCUGCUUCCAUGGACCCAUCGAUAAUGCUGCAACAAGUCAAGUCCGAGGAAAGGCCCGCAAACAAAUUACCGGCUGGUCCUUUGAACAACAUGAAAGCUGAAGUCAACCAUUCCGCCCCUGCUAUUAUGAGACACAGCCCGGGAAGUAGCGAGGACUCUUCGUUGCGUCACAAUGAGGCCCAAUCCCCUCGCGCUGCCGAUUCUUCGGUCACGUCUCUUGCUCCAUCCUCGGAGAAUCCUUUGCGGCCUGAGACGAGCAAGUCUCCUUCUCCGGAAGAGCGCCGUCUCAAGAAGCGUCGUUAUGUCAUCAAAGAAAUUGUCGACACCGAAUACGAUUUUGGCAAUGACAUGAAGAUUGUUGAGGAUAUCUACAAAGGAACAUCAACCUCUUUAUUGGAUCUUUCUGCGGAGGAUGUCAAGGUUCUCUUCGGAAAUAUUGGGGAAGUGGCAGACUUUUCCGACGCCUUUCUGAUUGAUCUUAAGCAAGCAGUCAAGAAGAUCUAUGUCAUUCCACUUUCCCAACGCUGGAGUAGCAGACGCAAUCGCAAGAAUGGCCUCGGGAUCGACCGACCCCCCUCCACAAUCAAUGAAAACCCCGAUGGUGACAAACUUUCGGACCUUGAAAAGGAUCGUGGAACAGCUGUUGGUCAUGUAUUCCUCGCUCAUAUGACUAAAAUGGAAAAGGUGUACACCGAAUACCUCAUGAACCAUGAAGCCGCCACCAAGAAGCUCACCGUUCUGUUGAAAAACCCGAAGGUGGCCAUCUGGCUGGACGAAUGCCACCGUUUUGCAGGGGAUAUCACCAGAGCUUGGAACCUUGAUGCUUUGCUUGUCAAGCCAGUGCAACGUAUCACAAAAUUCCCGCUCCUGUUGGGCCAACUUCUGGAAUGCACGCCAAAUGAUCACCCGGAUAAAGCCGCUAUUUCCAAGGCAAUGGAACAAACAGCGAGUAUUGCCGACCGUAUCAACGAGCUCAAGAAGCGAGUGGAAAUUGUUGGAGCUGUCGGCCGGAAGCGCAACCAGUCAGAUGUGCGCGCUGGCCUGUCCAAGGCAUUUGGUCGUCGCACGGAAAAGUUCAGACAACAAGUUGGACUUUCUGAUCUGUUCGAAGACAAAACCUAUGAUGCCUUGGCGCAGAAACUCGGUGACGGGUACUUCCAGUUGCAAGUGGUCAUGCGUGAUGCUGAGAGUUACACCAAAGAUAUUCAACAGUACAUGGAGCAGUUUAGCGAUUAUGCUGGUGCCAUUGUCGGCAUGACAUCCAUGGAGCAAUCCAGCUAUCCAGAGCUGGAGAGCAAGUGGCAUCUGUUCAAGCUGACCGUCCAAGAAAUCAUGUCUGAGGCCUUGCCGGCACACGUGAGUUUGGAUCUGUCUAUAUACCUGAACAUUCCUAACAUUUCACAGAUUGAGGUUGUCCGUAAAUCGGUCAUCGACCCGAUGAUUCAACUGCUGCAAAUUUACGAGGGCCCACAGCGAAUCAUGAGGAAGCGAGACAAGCGAUUACCUGAAUUCGCACGUUACAAAGCCAUCAGUGACCGCGGUGACAAACCAGACAAGAAAACAACUGAACAGGGAGAGCAGUUCGUAGCUUUGAAUGAGACACUCAAAGACGAAUUGCCCAAACUCUACGCCCUGACUUCGAAGCUGAUGGAAGCCAGUCUCAAAAACUUCAUUCAGAUCCAGUCGACUUGGUUUGGCGUUUUGCAGAAAAAGAUUGGAGCACACGUUGAAGCAUUCCCCAGUGAUCUUCAUAAGCUUAUCACCGACUUCCACUCUGACCACACUCUUAUGGAAGCUCGGGUAUCAGAGCUGAGCUCUUGUAACGGGUCUAUAUUAGCCUCUUCAGUCGACCUUAUGCCCAUGUCGCCCUUGAAUGAAGGAAUUACCUCCCCUCGUCGGCCUUCAACAAUCAACAGCUCGACCAGACCCGGAUCCAUGACAGAAGAUUCACCCAAGGUGUCUCGCGACUUCAGCAUCGGAAGCCAUCCAUUCCAGUCACCUCAAAUGGAAGGCCAUUCAGUUCGCAGCAGCCGCUACCGCGCCGAUUCUACCUUGUCUGGUCGUGUCGUAUCCGACGGCCCCAGCAAAAUGCUGCAGCAAGUCACCGGCUCCAGUACCCCGAUACGAACAUCCGAAACAGAGCCUUUCCCAACUCUGCCCCAGCUCAGCCUAGACACGCCUUUCCUAGCAGAUGUAAUCAACAGCGCGAACUCAACCGAUGGACCACCUUCCCCUGCCGGCGGUCGCUACUCUGGAUUCUUCUCGUCCGCCAUGCCCAUGUCCGAUACGCCUAAUGAGCCCCCAGCAGCCCCGGUCAACACCACCAGCACCCCCGCAGCGCCCGCUGUUCUAUUUUGCGCAGCUAGCCUGUAUAAUUUUGAUAUCGAUGCCCGCAGCGAGGGUGGAUAUUCCUACCUGACAUACGUCUCUGGCGACGUCUUCGACGUCAUUGGCGAAAAGGGCGAGCUCUGGCUUGCCCGUAACCAGGACGAUGCUACUCACACGGUUGGAUGGAUUUGGAACAAGCAUUUUGCCAGAAUCCGAGACUAG